AUGUGCAGCUUUUUGUUGGCGAAUUGGGUGCUGGCAGUGAACAUCUCGAUAUGGAAUCGCUACAUGCAGUUACGGGGGCCCGAUUCGACCACAGAGCUCCGGUUUGGGCGCUGGUAUCUGGUCCACAACCUACUGAGCAUCUCUGGCUUCCCUGGCUCUUCCAUGCUGCAGCCUUUCUCAAGUAACUCCGCGGCGGCCGUUUACAACGGCGAGAUCUACAACCACCUUGAGCUCCGGCCCUUUCGAGGCUCCCAAUUCCCUUUGGGUGCCGGCGAUGGUGAAGUGCUGAUUCCGGCCUUCGAGGACUUCGGACCCACUUUUCCCCGACACUUGGAUGGUGAGUUUGCUUUGGCUUUGGUGGAGAGGGAGCUGGAGAUGGUGGUUCUGGCCUUAGACGCCUUCGGCACGAAGCCCCUCUGGUACGGCAUCUCCUCCGACGGCCUGCGCUUUGCUGCCGCAUCCUAUCGAAGCGCACUGACCAAGCUCGACCUGGCAGAGAUACGGCCCGUGCCGCCGAACUCGAUCCUUGUGUUCACUGCGAAGGAAGCGGAACCCGUCCAGCUCAUUCAGCAGCUUGCGCAGUUUGAGUUUGACCUGAAACAGUGGAAGUCCGACACCAGAGAUUGGGAGAAGGCCUUCAUGCGGGCCGUAGCCCAAAGGGCCGGGCAAAAUCGUCACCAGUUUUGGCUCGGCCUGAGCAGUGGCCACGAUUCCGGCGCGGUCCACUGUGCCGUGGAGCUUUUGGCAUCUGCCGCAUCCCGCGAAGGCAACGUUAAAGCACUGCAGAACUCCACGCUACCACCAUUUGAGUCAUUUGGCCGGAAGGGCUACUCCGCGUGGAUGGUUCGUGCUGGCGAAUGGAUGGACUAUCUGCACGACCGAGUCGAGUACCAUGGUGAUGCACAUAGCUCCGGGUUGGCGUUUCUCAUCCAGCUCGGGCAGCAGGACUACGAGGAGCAUCAGGUCAUAAUUCACAACCGUGCCGAACCAUCAUCUUAUCCGUUGGUGAUGGAUUCUGCUGCCGUGGCCAUGUCCUUCAUUGGGCAAAGAGCGCGACAACUUGGUCAACUGGUCUACAUCAGUGGGCAGGGCGCCGACGAGGUGCUCAGUGACUAUGGCUUCCUCGGGGUACAUGUGAAUAUUGACAAAGACCGCAUCAUUUUGAAGCGCCGCCGGCAUCAGUUCUUUCCGGAAGACCUUUCCCAGGUCUUUCCUUGGAACAACUUCUUCCGAGGUACCAUGCGCAACUUCAUUUUCAAGGAGGAAGUGAUCCUAGGCAUCCACGGGAUUGAGACACGGUACCCCUUUCUGAGCACACGUGUGGUGCAGGAGUACCUGUGGCUGACAAGCGAAGCCAAAAAUAGACUGUACAAGACGCCAGUUUCCGAAUUUUUGUCCCGGCACGGCUACUCGUAUAAGGAUGCGUCAAAACUGGGCUUCGUCGCAUCACAGAACGUCGAUCCGGAGGCUUCUAGCAUCAGCCUGCUGCCCAUGGGCAGGCCUAUUGCCAAGAAGUUCUGGGAAGACCUCUUGUUGAAGACAAGUGGCCAUUGCUUGGGUGGCAACAGUGUGCCAGGAAUACGGGACGAUCUCCUGGAAUUGGCUUCCAAGCUGCGGCGCCCCUGCGCAUUCUUCGGCGAUGGUAGUGAGUGGAUCGUGGCCAAGAGGAUUGUAAUGUGGGCCAACUUGCUGACGGGCUUCACCCCUCGCUCCACGGAGUGCGAUGUAAAUGCAGUCGCCGUCCACUUUGCCGGCUUGGCGCUCUGGAGCCUGGAAGGGGCCCGCGCUGUCGGGGAGAGAGGGAGGAUCACCUCCUCCGUGGCUGUGCACUUCGAGGGGAGCGGCAGGGAAGCGGGCCCACUGUUGUCAACGCGGCAGUUGGAUUGGGUGUUGAACCUGGACUGGAGUCAGGCUGGGCGGAAGCUCUUGGGUCUGGUGCUAUCUCUGGUGGCCCGUGCUGCUGCCAGGGCGGCCACGCUGCUGCCUGAGGUACACGGAGAUACUUCACUCUGUGACCAGAGACUUGAAGCACCGGAGGCGCUGCAGCGGAGACUACGUGACCUGUGGCAGCGGUGGCAGUCGGAUACAUCGGCUGGCACUGGGCUGCCGAGUGUCGUUCAUUUCCUGGCGAUCACGGAGCCAUUUUGGACAGCCCUCGAGCCAGAAGGCCCAGCGCAGGGCCCUUCCAGCUGCCCCAGCAAAGCUCAGGAGAUGUGCGCCACCCCGGAAGAGCUGGAGCCACGCUGGGAAUAUGCAGAUUUGGCGCGACUUGGGACGACGCACAACUUCUCUGAUUUGGAGUAUGCACGUGGCGAGUAUUCAGCCGAUGGCUUUGUGUCAAAGGACACCAUCAGCUUGGUGACUCUUUUUGCGAAAGGCUCUCGGCCUUUUGGCGUGUGGCUGACUCCCAAGGACGACGCCCCAAUGCUGCAGCAUUUCGAAAAAGAUGAGGAGGGCUGGUACGCGGCCCAUCAGCUGCUGCAGACCACGGAUAGCUUUCAGAUCCACUGGAAUGAGAGCCUUACCCACUUGACGAUCAUGUACCAAGCUUUGCCCUGCUUUGGACUAGGGAAUACUCGCUACGUCGAGGCCAUCCCACUGAGAAAAUCAUACAUCACGCAGACGGACUCUCCAGAAGCGUGCUGCACGCUUUGCUACCAGGAGACAAAGUGCGAGACUUGGAUGUGGCUAAUGGAUGGCACCGGCAACACAGGCUGCUGGCUUGCUAGGGAUGUCAGUGGCAUUCAGAGCGACAACGGCGUCACCCUUGGUCGGAUACGCGCCAAGCAGGCAGAAGAAAGACGGCAGAAAGAGCGACAGGAACGCGAGCAGGAGCGCGACCGAGCACGCAUCGCCGCCGCCCAGGCCGCUGCGGCACAGGCGGCGCAGGAAGCCCGUGGGAAACCUGCUGUUGCGGCUCCAGGCCCGCGGGACGUGCCAAAGACCGCAGCUUCGAGGGGCGCAAGGCCCUCGAACGAGCCCCUCCUGUCUCCCGGAUUCCUCGCGCGCCACGCUUCGGCACCGGUCCUCCCUUUGCAGGAGCGCCCUGUACAGGUCGAGACGGUGGAGGACCACCAGCUAAAGAGAAUGCCCUCGGUGCCGUUGUUCCGUGAGCCCUACCUGGACCUGCGGAACAUCGACCUGUCGCCAAAGAAGCCGGAAGACAACUACGCCAUCUCUGACUACGGUGGUGACUCCGAAGGUGAGGACACCGCUGCACGAGAGAAGAUACGGCAGAAAAAGGCGGUUCCGCGGUGGUGCGACAGGUAUCUGCUGCAAGUCCAGAAGCAAGUGGACAUCGAUCCUGACACCAUCUUUGGCAAAGUGCCUCGCUGUGUUCUGGACGACAUGUUUCCCGACUUCCUGUACCUGCAGGCCCGACAGAAAAGACCUGCCCGUCGACGUGGUUCCUCCGGCGACUGGCGCCGCGAUCGCCUCACGCGCUGUGAGAUCCGCUCCUACAAGCAACGGAUGGGCCAGAAGCGGAGUUGGGACGAUGGACACGUGGUGGAUGGGCGCCACUGA